GCAGCAGAGGCUCCGUGAACCAAGGCAUGGGCUGCAGUGUGUGUCUCUGGCUGCUGAUCUCUCUUGGCCGUGUUUGGGGCAUGGGCCGCGGAGCGAGGGAGACUGUGCUGGGCACCCUGGGGAAGGCGACAAUAUUACGGAUCCCCCCUGAACUCCAGGAACUCACCCUGCGCUUUGGGGCAGCCGUCUGGAAGCGGGACACAGAGGACCCACAGAGGAAGCUUGUCCUGCUCAAGUACUCAGGUGGCAACUACACCAACUACAUGCAGGGACGAACUCGCUUCCACAAGUUGGACUUCUCCCUGGAGAUCCUGAACACCCAGCGGCAGGACACGCAGCUCUACGAGUACAUAGUCAGCAAGGGGCCGGAGGAGAAAGUCUGGCAGAUACAGCUGGAGGUGUAUGAGCCGGUGUCUGAACCCAGCAUCCAGAUCCUCAGCUGGGUGCUGGCCAACGGCAGCUGCACUGUCACCCUCAACUGCACGGCAGAGAAAGGGGACAAAGUCUCCUACAGCUGGAGCAGCUGGGACACCAGCACCUUGGGGCUCUGCUCCUGCAAUGGCAGCCUCCUGCACCUCUCCUACCCCCUGCAGAACACAAGCAUCCCCUGCACCUGCACGGCCAGCAACCCAGUCAGCAGCCGGGUUGUUGCCUUCAACUUCUCCGAGUGCAGCUAUGAGCAAGGGGGCAGUGCCGAGCUGAGGACAGAGCAUCUUGUGCUGAUGGUGGCGGUGCCCAUCGCUGCAGUGAUGGUCCUCACUGGGGUGUUUGUGACUGCCUAUUUGGCCACGCCAAUCGCCAGCCAGGAGCAGGAGCAGGCGCACUUGCCACUCGCUGAGGACAAUGCAGUGCACACCAUCUACUCCCAAGUGCAGCGGGUGGAGAAGCAGAAAGGGGUCCCUGCCACCGAGCACCCCUCCUGCACCACCAUCUACGCUGCAGCCACCGGCCUGCCCACGGACACAGCCCCAGCCCACGGCAGAGCCCCACGACCCCCACACAGCCAUCUGGCAGAGCCGUCUGCCCCACAGGGCUACCCAUCCCUCUCGCAGAGCCCUGACAAGGAGCCCAUGACAGUUUACGCCAGCGUGAUGAUGCCCAUGGCCUGA